AUGGAAAAUUUCCUCUUGUCUUUGGAUCUUCUCCGCGUAAUCGAGAUGGAUUCACAAGAUAGAAAGGGGAAAGGUAUCGCCACGGGCGAUGGUGACGACACCAAGCGUCGGGCCCGGUCAUCCGGCAAUCCCGACAGGCUCCUUGGCGAGGCCAUCCGUGCUGACGCGGCCGAGACGCGCCGGAGGAAGGCUGCCGAAGCGGAUGCCGCGGCUGAGGCCGAAAGAGUGGUCGAGAGAGCCGAGAUGGAAGAGGCGAUAAGAGUUGCCGCCGAGGCCGAUCGUCGAGAAGCGGCGGAAAAAAGGAUGAAGGCGAGGAUAGAGCGUGACCUCUAUGAUGACUAUGAUUCCGAGGACGGAUAUCACGACGGGAUUCCGUCGGACGAUUCUGAUGCUGACUCGGAACGCGACGAUGAAGAGGUUCCGGGUUGUCCUCGCUUGACGGGCAUUCCUGAGAUUAUUGAGAUGCCGGAGCAUGCUGAAUCCAAACUGCCGUGUAUAACGGAUGGUCAGACGUGGAUGACUCCUGAGAUUCUUAAGGCGCUGACGAAGAGAGUCGGCUUUUCGGGUUGCAUCCAGUUUCGGAUUCCGAAGGAGCACGAGAGGCCUUAUGAUGCUCCGCCGGGAUGGAUAUGCGUGUACGAAUGCUUUUUCACUGAGUACGGAAUGAAGUUUCCGUUGCCUUUCCUGUUGCUGAAAUUCGCCUCCGAACGAGGUGUCGCCGUUAGUCAACUGACUCAUGGCGUCUUUCGUCACAUGGUUUUCACGGAAGCCUUGGCGAAGGCCGCGAAUAUCACGUUCGACCGCUACCUUUUUGAGAACGUCACAGAUCUUCGUGCCGGAUCCAAGUGGGAAGGGAAUUUCAAACGUUUCCACACCGCGAUGCGUAAUAGAAUCGUCUUCGGUGAUUAUCGGGAUAGGAUUCCCGAUUGGAAGCGCUACUUCUUUUUUGUGAAGAUUAGCAAGGCGUCGGUCGGAAAUUUCAAAUCCGAGCAGAUCAAAACCGAUUGGGUUUCUUCGCCGGAUCCAUUAAGACGAGCGAGGCAGAGCGCGGCUCUUAAGAACAAGUUCAAUGCUUUAAGGGAUCUUAGUCAUCGGAUAUGGCCUGAAGUCGUGGAGAAGCUUGACAGAGAGAAGAGAGAGAGAAAGGAAAAGAAAGAGGGGAGGAGCAAGCCUGCCGUCCCUGUGACCCCGAUAUCCGGUAGGUCACCCCGACUUAAGAAGAAGCCGAUGGGUAUUAGAAAGAGGACCGCCAUACCGAUUGACGAUGUUGUUGUUGCUUCUGAGCCGGCGUUUAAGAAGAAGAGGGUCGAAUCCCCAAAACCAGGAGAUUCCCCUUCUCCUUCUCUCCGGAGUUCUUCCAUCACGGCUUCGGCGAGAAGGACGUCAUCUUCGGCUCCGGAGAAGAUUCCAGAAGGGGUGGUCGAGCUCGACUCCCCUCCUUCAAACCGUGAUGACGAUGCAUCCCGUCGAAGCGAGGACGCUCCUCGACGUGACGACGAUGCGAUGAUCCCGCCGGGUGGUACCUCGCCGGUUUGGGAGGAGGAGUUCCUUACUUCCCGCGAUGACGGUCCCUCGUUUGUCCGAGGCGGUGGUUUCGGGGGAGAUGAAUCGCAUCGACGUCCCGAUGACGAGGCGGUUUCUCGCCGUUCGGAGGCGCGCGGUUCUGCUCCUCGACCGAAUCUUGAUUCCAAGGAUGUCGGCAUGCCUCCGAAGCCUGAUCCUGAAGAUUACAAUGCCCAUUCGUUCGAGAUGAGGUGGUACGGUACCGGUCCUCUCAUGGAGGAUCGGGAUGCCUCUGGUGGGAAGACUUGGUCUUCCAAGGUCCACCCUACUUGGGGCGUCCCACGUGAAGGCUUGGCCCUUAGAGACGAAUUCGAUGAGGCGGCUCAGCAUCACGUUAUGUCCGGCGGGAAGUUUGCUGCGCUGAUCCAGAAGUACGAGACGGCGCUUCGGCGGCUAAGGACGAAGCCUUUGCGUUGCGGCGGGAGCAGGAGAAAGGCCAAGAUGUUGAUACGAGGUGGCCGAUUUAACGCAGGGACAAACUUGGCACUUGAGUCGAAGGUCGCGGCUGAACAGGGAGAUCGUGAAGACUCUCGGACUCCAGGAGUGGCAGACCAGCUCAGAGCUCAAGCGGGUGAUCUGGAGGAGAAGGCGUCGGGAUGCAGAGGCUUCUGCUGCUGA